AUGCUGACCGUCUCUGCAGGUCUUAUCAUCGCGACGACCCUGCCGCUUGUCGGCGACUACGUCGCCAAUUACAUCGCCAAACGCAUUAACGAGUAUGCCCCGACCGCUGCCAAACCUUUCGUGCUCGGCCUCCCAACCGGCUCUUCCCCUAUCCCAACUUACAAGGCCCUUAUUAACAAAGUCAAGGAGGGCAGCUUGUCAUUCAAGCACGUCGUCACCUUUAACAUGGACGAGUAUGUCGGCCUUCCUCGCGACCACUCCGAGUCCUAUCACACAUUCAUGUUCCGCGAGUUUUUCUCCCAUGUCGAUAUUCCCCCUUCUCAAGUGAAUAUACUGGAUGGGAACGCUGAGGAUUUGAUCGCUGAAUGUAACGCAUACGAGUCCCGCAUCAAGCAAUAUGGCGGUAUCGAGCUCUUCCUGGGUGGUAUCGGAGAGGAUGGUCAUAUCGCAUUUAAUGAGCCUGGCUCGUCCCUCGCAUCCCGAACCCGCAUCAAGACACUCGCUUACGAUACCAUCCUCGCUAACGCCCGCUUCUUUAACAACAAUGUUGCCGCUGUCCCCGCAUGGCUCUUACAGUCGGUGUUUGCAACUGUGCUCGAAGCAAGGGAAGUCGUGGUUGUGGUCACGGGCCAGAGGAAGAGCUUGGCUCUUAGCAAGGCAAUUGAGGACGGCGUCAACCACCUUCUCCAUCCUUGGGCGUUGAUUGUAGUCGAUGAAGAUGCUACUGCUGAGCUGCACGUCAAAACGGUGAAGUAUUUCAAGUCGAUUGAACGCGUGCAAGAUGAAGUAGAGCAACGGCAGGAAGAGCUGAAGGCGAGAGGCCGGACAGAGCAUCAAGGGCAGGUUGGCAGCAUGGAGUGA